CGUUUGCUUGAUUACUGUGACCUACUUCACAAUUUCCUCCUUUCUUUCGCUCCGUACUUUACGUUACUCUUACAUCAACCAUCUCUCCCGUCUCAUUCAUUCAUUUAAAACUCUGUAAUUUGUUUCAUAAGCAAUAUUUCCCCAAGUUAAGUAUCCUGGACAUUCCGUCGGAUCAUAAAGAACCAAUAAAAAGAAUUUCAUCUAUAUUGGACAAUAAUGUACUGAGCCUUUUCGGAAAUUACAAACACAUGGAUUAAAUCUUUUAUGUUAUUAUAAUAAUUAAAUAAUGAUUUUAAUUGAUAAUUGUCAACGAGUUAUUUAUAUAUGACAACAUUGACGAUUCCCAUUUUAGAAAUGUUGUACCUGUAAUGAAUUAUUAUCUUAUCAAAAAUGAUAUAUGAAAUAUUUAUUUAUUAUUUUUAAUAAUAACCGUAUAGUUAGUCAUUUUCACAAUACUUAUGCAUUCAAUUCAAAAUAUUGUUACUCAUAAGACACAAAAUUAAAAGCUAACGCUAUUAUACGUUCACUUCCUGAGGAUUAUUUCAUCGGUUAUUUCAACGUUCACUUCCUGAGGGUUAUUUUGGUUAUUUCGACAUUUAUUUCCUGAGGGUUAUUUCCUUCCGAGUGUUAUAUAGGGUAGUUAGCUUUGUCCGCGAUUGUACUUUAUAAUUUUGUUAUACUUUAAUAAAUUCAGUUUUGUUCGAACUCACUGUGCAUAUUUACUUGAAUAAUCCUGGUUGCACGUAUCGAAAUCAUUCGAGAUCCUUCUAAUCAUCUUAAUUCAAACCUGUAAGGUUUCUUAUCUCUACAAUUCGGGAAUCGAUUAAUUAAGUAAACUCUCUACCGCGUAGUCGACAAAUUUUCUUACGUGGUAUCCUUCCACUCCUUACUAUUUAACCUUAAAACCUCAAGGUUAUACUUUCGUUAGAGAUGCGUACGGUUUGCACAAGCGAAAGACAACUUCCUAUCAAAACCUCUCAUUAAUAGAGAGCACGAAUGAGUCUUGAGUUAUCAGCCUUUCUCCCAAAAUCUUCACGAAUGCCGAGAACACGUCGUGCCGGUAGAAAGUAUCACUUGCGCCGACUUCUCACGACGUUACACGGUACUCACACGUACUUCACCGACGUCAUCGGGGUCUAUCCCAACGAAGAAGCCAACAAGGAGAAUGGGGUACCUUACCACCUCAUCCCGAUCACGUUCGACAGGAAGGCUGUUCCAGUAUCUCAUUUAGCGCCCCAUGAACCGCGAACACCUAGGUAUUUGAAAAUCGAAGCGGAAUUCACGGGGAUCACCGAACAAAGCCUGUACUGAGCGGGAUGUAACAACAUCUCUGGUGACAGCGGUGGGAUACAUAAAUAGCAUACACAUAAAAUGUCCAACGGCAAGACAAGUCAGCUCAAAUGAAUGGACGCAUCUAACAAUAGAAUGGAGAUGCGAAGCACAAUUAGGCGGUAGACCGAAGCCGAAUACGAAGAGAUAGUACGAUAUAUUCGCAAUAAAAAAGCCCAGCUCGCGGAACGCGAAGAAGGAUUCAGUAGAGCAUCAGAAAACGUACCAAAACCUGAAAUGGACGCGUUAAUGACAAUCUUACAAAAGAUUCACUUCAUGCGGAAACAAACGAACGAAUCUCGCAAAUUAACCUAUAAUUAUUCUGUACGCGAAGCUAUGAAUAUCAUGCCUCGACUUCUGAAUUCACAGCCACCAAACUUAUGAUCAAUAAGUUACAAGGCAUAGCAUACACAACUAUCGAGGACCACGAUAUAGAAACAGUAAACUUCCUGUAUAAUAGAUUACGUCAAAUCUUCGGAACUUAUCAUACUUAUCAUACGAACACUAUAGGUCAGAAUUACGAAACAUUCUCAUGCGUAAUAACGAAUCAAUGAUAGACUAUAUAGGGCGAGUUAAAGACCUGUACCAAGCCUUGAUAGGUGAAGUGCGCAGAGAGGGAUUAACCAAAGACAAACAAUGUGAAAUCGACGAUCUCGCCUUACAAAGUUUCUGCGAUGGUCUUCCGCUCGAAUAUCAUCGUUUAAUAAUACCACGUCUUUGUAGAAACCUCUCAGACGCAUAC